GGGAGUCCCGCUCGUUGCCGCCCGUCGAGCCGCGAAGGUUGACUCCAUCAAAGCAAUGGUUAUGGAGAAGCCGAGCCCCCUGCUGGUCGGGCGGGAGUUUGUGAGACAGUAUUACACGCUGUUGAACCAGGCUCCGGACAUGCUGCACAGGUUUUAUGGGAAGAACUCCUCGUAUGUCCACGGGGGCCUGGAUUCCAAUGGGAAGCCCGCAGACGCAGUCUACGGCCAGAAGGAGAUCCACAGGAAAGUCAUGUCCCAGAACUUCACCAAUUGCCACACAAAGAUCCGCCACGUGGACGCCCACGCCACGCUCAACGACGGGGUGGUGGUGCAGGUGAUGGGGCUGCUGUCCAACAACAACCAGGCCCUGAGGCGCUUCAUGCAAACCUUUGUUCUGGCUCCUGAGGGCUCGGUGGCCAACAAGUUCUACGUGCACAAUGACAUCUUCAGGUACCAGGAUGAGGUCUUCGGGGGCUUCAUCACCGAGCCGCAGGAUGAAUCUGAGGAGGAAGUAGAGGAACCUGAGGAAAGACAGCAGACACCUGAAGCAGGCCCUGAUGAUUCCGGAACUUUCUAUGACCAGGCUGUAGGCAACGACUUGGAAGAACACCUCGAAGAGCCGGUUGCCGAGCCGGAGCCCGACCCCGAACCGGAAGUCGAGCAGGAGCCCGCAGCUGAGUCCCACGAGGAGAAGCCAGAGGCCGUCCUGGAGGAGGCUGCCCCCGAGGAUGCACAAAAGAGCCCUUCACCUGCUCCCACAGCGCAGGAGGACCUGCGGACCUUCUCGUGGGCGUCGGUUACCAGCAAGAACCUUCGGCCCAGUGGCGCGGUGCCGGUGACGGGGAUCCCGCCCCACGUCGUGCGGGUGCCAGCAUCCCAGCCUCGCCCGGAGUCCAAGCCUGAUGCUCAAAUCCCACCGCAGAGACCUCAGCGAGACCAGCGGGUGCGGGAGGCUCGGAUCAACCCCCCUCCCCAAAGGGGCCCCAGGCCCAUUCGCGAGGCGGGCGAGCAGGGCGACGUAGAGCCCCGGCGGAUGGUGAGACACCCCGACAGCCACCAGCUCUUCAUCGGCAACCUGCCACAUGAGGUGGACAAGUCGGAGCUCAAGGAUUUCUUCCAGAGCUAUGGCACCGUGGUGGAGCUGCGCAUCAACAGUGGGGGCAAGCUGCCCAACUUCGGGUUUGUUGUGUUUGACGACGCAGAGCCUGUCCAGAAGGUCCUGAGCAACCGGCCCAUCAUGUUUCGAGGGGAGGUGCGCCUGAAUGUGGAGGAGAAGAAGACACGAGCGGCCCGCGAAGGGGACCGCCGUGACAACCGCCUUCGAGGCCCCGGGGGCCCUCGCGGGGGGAUGGGCUCUGGCCUGCGAGGGCCUCCCCGAGGGGGCCUGGUGCCGAAGCCUGGCUUCGGGGUCGGCAGGGGCCUGGCCCCCCGGCAGUGAGCCCUGCGCCGCCCCACGUCCAGCCUCCACGGGCGGCCGCUGGCCUGUGCCCGUGCUGCCCACCCACCACCCUGAGUCCUCACCUCGAUCUCAUGGAACGGAUUUUAGGAAAAUGGACUUUUUCAGAAGAAAACAAGACUGAUGUCUCGUGCUUAGUGUGCACAUACAGACUGGAUUUCGUCUCCACGGUCACCGUCCUCUCCUUCCCCACAUGAGUGUGUUGGUUCUGACUGGCGUCUUCGUUGGAUUCUUGUUUUCUGUGUUUUAAAAGCCCAUGAGAAAGGCGGGAUUCUUCCAGCGUUUCGAAGGCAGGAAUAGCCCACAUGGUUUCUCGUUGCGAGUUGGGACUGUCUUCAGACAUGGAGAAAUUGGCCCAAGGAAAAGUGCUCAGGCCGAUUCCUGCUGGGGUGCCGACAGACACUCCGCACACGCCAGCCGUCCUUGGCGUUACCGCUGCUGUGCUGUGUGACCCAAGGCACUGUGGCCUCGUCCCUCCCAUUGAAAUUUCAAUUGUCAGCUGGCUUCGAUGUCUAGAAUGCAAGUACCGUGCUUUCCUUGAACUCUAGGUCCUGCUAAGUAGUUUCUUCAUGUUUAGUUUGUAUUUGUAAAAAAGAAAAAGCCCACAAAAACAAACAACAAAAGCGACCCUGAUCCAAAUAACAAAACCAGAGCAAAACUGUCGUGCCUUCUAUUUAUCUGACUCCAGUCCUGGCAGUUGUCGAGAGGAAAAUAAAAGUGUCUAGAUUUGUUCGAUCAG